AUGAAUACCUUACUUUUUCGCCGUUAUAGUCCAUGUCUCAUUCGUCUGUGUGCUCGUUCGUCAGCAACGAAUUUUGGAUUGACAAACCGAGAUCGCAAACGCUUCUAUAAACAGGCGUCCAUUGUUGAAUCAUCUCAAUCGCCGAGCAAAUACGAAAUCCUUCUCGAUCAACGGAAAUUGAAAACUCCACUAGGAAAUCUCGUAACCAUUGAGAAUGAAUUUCUUGCCUUGGCUCUUGCACAAGAAUGGAAUCAACAAGAGAAGAAGAUUGAUUUAUCAUCAAUGCAUAUGAAUUCAUUGAUCAACACAUUGAUCGACAAUCCGUUGAAGAUAACAAAAGCGCAGCUGAUCGAUAAAAUCAUGUACUUUCUCGAUUGGGAUACAUUACUUUACCGCUCCGAUUAUCCCGAAGAAUUCAAACAACUGCAAAUCAAAUCGUGGGAUCCAAUACUUUCGUUCAUUAAUCAACAGUUUCAUACUAAUUUCGAAUCCACUUACUAUCUGGAUAAGAAAGAUUUGGUGAAGAAGUCCGAUCGCGAUAUCAUCGAGAAAUAUUUGGCAAAUUUUGACCAACCAUCAUUGACUGUUGUCUUAUUCAUAGUUGAACAAUUGAAAUCGAUCUUUCUAACGAUUUGUUUGCUCAAACAAUUUCAAUCAGUGGAGAAUAUUGCAUCUCUAUCACGAUUGGAAACUGAAUUUCAAAUAUCCCGUUGGAGUAACGUUGAAUAUCAUCAUGACUACGAAUUAAUGGAUACAUGUUCAAAGAUUUCCGCUGCCUAUUUGAUUUUUUAUUGUUUAAACAACAAUAUCACGCAAACAGUUCUAUCGAAAGAUAAAGCCUAA